CCGUAAUCCGAACAGCAUGGCUCGUCGUGUUAAUAAGAAAAAGUCUCCUGUAAAAGCUGCCAGGAAAAUUGAUGGGCAAAUCGGGAGACGAGUUGUGGACGGAGUCCGUGCCAAGUCGUCCCGUCAACGCCAUCAAGCAGUUCUCUACCAGGCUCCCACUCCCACUGUGAUUCGCCGUAAGACCACGAAAACGGCGAUCGUCAAGAAAACAGUUGUAGUUGUGAAAAAGGGUGGAAAAGUUGUCAAGAAAUCCUCUAAAACUGGUCAGAAAGUGAAAGCAGUGAAGGCGCCAAAAGUCAAAGCACCAUCCAAGAAGGGAAAUGAUCGACUUACUCCACGUGUCAUCACUGAGUACCAGGAGAAUCCGUUUUUCUACGAUCCUCAGGUUCCAGAGUACAUCAGUGCCUCCGUCUACCACAGAUGGAUCACCAGAGCCGUUCGCAAUGGAAAUAUGAAGGAAAUCAAAGACUAUUAUAAGUCGAAGAAGUGCCAAAAAUCUGCAAUCUACACGAGCUUUGCCUAUAGUUUCGACACUUCGGCGUGUGAUGAAGCAUUGAGGCAGGACAUCAAAUUUGCCACCGAGUUCUUCAAAAUGAACAAUAAAAUGGAAGUUGAUAAUUCCUAUCAUCCGGGCAAAGAGCCGAAUCUGUUGCAAAAGAAAACCACCGGUCGCAAGAACUACUACAUGCUCGGCCGCCACACGCGCCAGAUUGAGAUGGGAAGAGGUGGCAAAGAAGGAAACAAUGCUCUUUUGAACUAUGACACAAGGACCGAUGAGCCAAAUCCAUUGACGAAGCUUAUCGAGGAUAAUGUGACAUACACUAAGUUGUAUCAACUUUGCAAGAUUCCAGACGGACCGAUUGUCGAACAUCACAUCGAAAUGCACUUCGUCACUGCUGUUCGAAUGGGCCACCGCGAUCUUGCAUCCGCGUUGGCACAGGGACCCGUCAAAAUGCACUGCAACGAUCUUCACCGUGCAACUCUGAAAGAUCAGAAACUGCCCGCCAAAAUCCUUCCAGUAUCUGUUGCGAAAAAGGCGUACAUGAAUAAGAAUAUCACUCCACUUCACACUGCCGCCAUUUCCAACUCCACCCAUAUGCUAGAAGCGAUGAGAGCCGUCUACCCAACGAUCAACAUUCCGGAUCAAGACAACUGGUAUACGAUGCACUAUGCCGCGUGUGCUCCUGGAACUGCUCCUAUGGAAUUUCUUCUCAAAAACGGUGGAUCUGUUACGAUGCUCACCAAGCAAACCGAAACCCCACUGCAUGUGGCUGCCAGAGCUGGAAGAGCUGUGAAUUGCACAUUUUUGAUGAAGGAAAUGCUGGAUUUGGAGAAAGGAGACGACGGAGAGAGCACAAUCAGAGCUGACAGAUCUAUCAUCAAUGCGAGAACUCGCUCUGGAAACUCUGCACUUCAUUUGGCGGUGCUACGUAAUAACCUUGACGUUGUUGAUGCCUUGCUCGCCGAGCCAACCAUCGUUGUAGACAAUCCAACAUCCACAGGACAAAACAGAUUAACUCCAUUGAUGAUGGCAUGUGGAAAAGGAUACCUAGAGAUGGCGAAGAAGUUGGUUGAGAAGGGAGCAUUGGUGGAAGGAAAAGAUAAGAAAAAGCGUACCCCGUUAAUCCACGCAAUGCUCAAUGGUCAGAUUCACACUGCAGCCUUCCUCCUCGCCAAGGGAGCUAGUCUUACUCUCGCGGAUUCGUCUGGAAAUACUGCUGCUCACUACGCUGCUGCAUAUGGAUUUUUGGACUGCUUAAAGCUUCUUGCCUCAAUUGAUGAUAAUAUUCUAUCCGAGCCAAAUGACUGGCAGCUUUAUCCAUUGUCCGUUGCAUAUCUCAAAGGUCAUUAUGGAAUUGUUACGUGGCUCCUGGAAGGUCCGCACAAGGAUAAAGCUAACAUUAAUGCAAAGGACAACAACGGUGCAACUCUUCUCUCGAAUUUGCUCUCAUAUGCUGACGAGACAAUGCAUAAAGAAUUGCUAAGUCAAAUUGAAUAUCUGGUUGCAAGAAAAGCCGAUGCAUCACUUGCUGACAGCUCUGGGCAAACUCCACUGCACCUGUUCUCCAUGCAACGGAUCAUUCUGAAAGGUUCUGGAGAAGCCGCUGAGAACGAUGCAAUGAGAAUGACUUUGGACAACUACAAAAAGUGCUUCAAUACACUGAUCAAAGCCGGAGCCAAAGUUGAUGUCUAUGAUCAUGAGGACAAUACACCAUUACAUUAUGCACUCACCAACGGAAACUUGAUGCUCUUCAAUCUGAUGCUGGAUAAGGUUGCAAAUAAGAGAAAUCUUUUUGAGAAAUGGGCAAACCACCAAAACUUCCUGCACGAGAUCCUUGCUCUUCCAAUGAAAGUUUACGGAGAUCAAGUUUUGUGGAAGGGAGAGACGCUCACCAAACCAGCAUAUGAUGUUCUUCCGAUUCUUAAGGAGUUACACGAGAACUUGCCGGAUUUAUUUGAGAAAUGGAUCAGUGAAGUGAAUAAAGCUGGGUACUCGCCGAUUGUGGAAGCUAUCAAGCAAUAUCAAGCUCUGGCGGCAAACAAAAAGCUUCGUGGAGAAGCUGAUCAGAAUGGGAACCCUGGUUUCGGAAAUGCUAUAGCUCGGGGUAGAGUGCACAAUCAGUUUGGUAGAGAUCGAAUGAAUCAAAGUCAAGCUCCUCAUUGUGAUUCUUAUGAGUUGAAGACAUUCAUCUCGACCGUCAACGAGCUUUUCGAAUGGGUGAUUCGCCUUGGACCGUUCCAGCUGACGCAAAAAUACAUUAAUUCUGAGAACUCUGCAGCUGUCACACUGGCCAAUCUUGCCAUGAGCAUUCCGAUCGAGUGUGGAAGGCAUCAACAGAAUCAGUUGGCACUAUUCAAAAUUCUCAUCAAAUUGAGCAAGGAGUUCAACAAGGUCGAUGAGUUUUUAACGCAGAAAAACGAGAAAGACGAUGUUCUGAUCGUACAAGCGAUCAUGUUUGACAAGCCAAAUGUGGUAGAGCUCAUCCUGGACACCGCCUCAGAAAUGCACCUGAUCCACGGAACUCACAAUGCAAUCAAGGAGAACGAGUUAGAAGUUGUAGUUCACAAGACAAUCAUCAUGUACAUGAUUGAGAUGAGAAUGUGGGAGCUGAUACCGAAGGUGAAUGCAUCGAGCGAGUUCUGGAAGAGCAAGGACGCCAAGGGUAAUAGUGUCUGGCACUAUGCUGCACGAGUUAACAGUCAUAAAACUGUUGGGCUUUUCAAAAUGAUUGAGUCGAAGGGUGUUCGGAGAGAAACAAAUGACGAUGGACGCUCUGUUCUCCACGUGGCAACUCUGGCUUGUGAUGGAUCCGCCGAUUCUGUGCUGGAGCCGAUUGCUUGGCUAUCAACUCGUUGUCCAAUUGAUGCGGUGGAUAAGUUCAAUCGAACUGCUCUUCACUACGCGUUCGGAAACGAAAAUGACUUCAAAGAAGGCAAUGUUCCGUUUGGUGAGAGUGAUCCGAUUGCAGUAGUUUCACUUUUGUCAUCUCUGAUUCGACCAGAACAAAUUGAAAUUGCCGAUGUUAAUGGAAAUACGAUUCUUCAUCUUGCUGCAAUCAAGAAUUCUACUAUUUGCCUGAUGACUCUGAUUCGAAAGAAAUGCCACGUAGAUUUGAAGAAUAAGGAUGGAAACACUCCACUUGCUCUUGCUGUUCAUCAUGGAAGACAAUCAUCCGCUUUGACUUUGAUUCAAGCUAACGCAGAUGUCACUGAAAAGAUUUUCGUACCUGCUCUGAAGCCAACGUCCGAUUUCGACCAAAACAGUAGCGGCACGGAAGCUGAGAAAUUCUGGAAGUGGCAUGGAAAAGAGAAAAAAGUUUUGGAGGAUCUGCACACAACGAUUCCAGCGUCGGUGGUGAGCAAGGGUGGAAGUUGGGAAGCAAUGGUCUACGUUUUACUGGACGUUCUCGGACAAAACACUGGAAGUAUGGCACAGCUCACUGAUGCAGCAUUGCGACGUGGACAACUCAAUCUUGCCAAUCAGCUGCUCAAGUCCAUAGAAGCGUUGAUUGAUGGAGCAGUUUUGAAUAGCUCUUAUGAUCUGUUGGAUACAUUUGCUGAGAAAUGUUUUGGAGCAUUAACCUCGGAAGAAACUAUCGAGAAGACAGUUUUGAAUAGAAUUAUUCUCACUCGCGGCCUUGGCUUGAAGCAACCAGAAACUAUGAAAAUUAUCAGGACGGCUCUGCAGAAUGGAAACUGGAAUUUGCUCAACUUUUUGAAGUCUGAAAUGGGAACAGCUUGGAAGAACCAGAAAAUCGAGACACCAACUGAAAAUCCAAUCCGAUCACUUCUCAUAUACAUGAACGAAAAAUCAGUCAGCUCGGAGGCAAUUGGAUUCCUCGAAGAGCUCAGACAGAUGCGAGGUGUGAACAUUGACGCUUUGUGCCAGUUGGAAAUUCCCGGAAAAUUCAAAAAGAUUUUGGAUUAUGGACUCAUUCCGCCAAUCUCAUUUGCUGUUCUCCAAGAAAAUCCAAAUAUGAUCAGAGCUCUGAGAAAUGCCGGUGCAAGUCUCAAAACUCAAGACGACUAUGGCAGGACCCCGCUGAUGUAUGCAAUUAUGACCAACAACCGCUCCGUCGUUGAUGCAAUCGUAGGUGACGGUAAACUAGCUGUGGUGCUUCAUAAGCAGAAGGCAGUGGCAACCGGGCCAAGAUGCGUAGCAGUUCCGAUGCGGUUUGGAGCAACUAGCCGGGCUUUUAUUCCUGCGGCUGCAUUUGCUUCUGUUCCCGCUAGAGUCGAAUCUGAUGAAGAAGAAGAGGAUAACUCUGGUUCGGAAUCAGGAGAAGAUGGAGCAGCCUCUGAAAAUAAAUCUGAACAUGGCUCAGAAAAUGGCGAAUCUGGCAAUGGUUCUGACGACGAGGACGACGACGAUGAUGAUUCUUCUCCACCACCUGCCAAAAAGUCUCGAAUUGCAAAAGAGGCUGCUGGACCAUCAACAGGACCUAAGCGAAAGAAACUUGUCAUUACUGAUCCAUCGCUCUUCUCGGCACGCGAUCACAAAGAGAACAACCCUCUUCAUUACUUCAUUGAGCCGCUCGCCUGGGAGAAUGUGGAACUUCUUGGAGAUUUGGCUGCAGCCAACAAGACCGCUAUUGUACAAUGUCUGAUUGAUAAGAGAAGUCCGAAUCCGAUUGAGUUGGCCGCGAUGAAAAUGAAUCGAAGAAUGAAAAGCGAAAUGCUCAAAAUUGUAAAGAAUGCUGCAUUCCCACGACCCAUUAAGGAAACAAAGCUCACUCUUCAACAAGUACACAUUGAACCAUUGAGUGAUGUAGAUGAAGAUGCUGCAAAGUUCCUCGCAAAAUGGGUUGAAGAGAAGGACAAGAAAAAGACUAGCGAGGCACCAAAACCGCACAAAAGCUCAACCUAUUCGACCAAUGGGCUCGUCAGCUUCUGCGACGAAACUCAACAGUACUUUGAUGUGCUCAUGAACAAGACUGAUUUGAUGUAUGGAAGAUGUGGAUUCCACAAUUUCUAUCGCAUGCAAAUCAUCAAACGACGUGACGCUGAGUUGUUCAUCUUGUUCACGAAUUGGGGACGAAUUGGAUCGGGAAUGGGCGAGUUUCAGACCACCCCAUUCAACAGUCUUGAGUUGGCAGCCAAAGAAUUCAAGUCGAUCUUCAAAUCAAAAUCUGGAAAUGAAUGGGCUCCACUUGCCAACUUCCGAGAUAUGCCAAAGAAGUAUAGGCUUGUUGAAACCGAUUCCACACCGACUAGUCUGGCUGAAAUCGAACUGACGUGGAAAAAGAACACGGAGAAGGAUCCGAUUCGUAGAAUGAUUGCUGAUAUUAGCGAUGCGAAGACUCUGAAAACCUAUGCCUCUCAAGUUCAAAUGUACGGAGGAAGUAGCCAACCAUUCGGACGAUUCACCAAGGAGAAUAUUGAAAAGGCAAAGUUGGUAUUGGACAAGUUGGAGAAAAAUGCAAAUAGAAUCAAGCAGAUGGUCGAGGCGCAGACUGGAGUCGUGGAGUCCAACUUGCUAGAUGCAUAUAUUACUACUAGCGAGUUAUCCGGAGACUAUUACAGUCUGAUCCCAUCCGGCGAAUAUGAGUUCAGUAACCUCACCCGUCUUGACAACGUCGAGGAGAUUGCCCGCCACCGUGCCCGUCUGAACCGAUGCCAGGAAAUUGAAACUGCCACCCGUCUGCUCUGCGCGGCAGAGUUCCGUCAAGAUUUGGAUCGAGUCGACUAUAUCAGAAGUGCGAUUCAAUGCGAAUACCGACUAGAAACUCCAGACUCGGAUAUCAGUCAGCGCCUUCUUCAAUGGAUCCAUAAUAGUGGUGGAAAGCAAGCAAAGGUUAAGAUGAUUCUGGAAAUUUCGCCAAUGCUAUCAACUGAAAAAUUCGAGCCAUUUGUGAACGAUGAUAAUCAAAAGUUCUUGUGGCACGGAACAAAGGCGACGAAUUUGAUGAGCAUUUUGAAGAAUGGAUUCCUCAUCGACCCACCAAGUGCAUGCAAAAAUGGAAACCUGUUCGGUUCUGGAAUCUACUUGGCAGACAGCUUUGAAAAAAGCACACACUACUGCCAGCCAUCAGCGGGUGGCAUCAACUAUAUGCUCGUCUGCCAGACAGCUCUCGGAAAAGUCAGAACUCUGGACACGAUUCCCUAUCACUACAUGAAUCAAUCAAGUUCUAGUGCAGAAAAGUAUGAGGACACCCUUCACUACAUCGGCGAUCGUUUCCCAGCCGGAAGCCUCACCAAUGAUGGCGUCGGAAUGCCACUUCUUCCUCUUAGAAAACGUGAUCCAAUUCAAGGUUCGAAUUAUGGUUUCGGAACCCUUGACUUCUCCGAAUACAUCGUCCGCAAUCCGAAUCGCGUUCUUCCAAAGUAUAUUGUCAUGUAUAAGUAAUUGAUUCCACUACCUCCCCCCGUCAUGACUCUCUUCCACAUUAAUCAUAAAUCUCAUGUUUUGAAUAAUGUAUCAAUAGUUAUUCCGCAAAAUUAAUAAAGAUUUGUACUU